AUGCCUGUUUCGACCUAUACAUCAACCCUUCUACUUCAACCAAGCGCAACAACAACGCUCCCCAGCACAUCCACCACAAAUCAGUCUCCCACAAGUACAUGCCUAGGGCAGUUUGUGGAGCAGACCGACCCAGAGCUAACAUGCUUUGAGUUGGCAGAUACUUACAAUGUUAGCACUGGGACGAUUGUCCAUAUUACUGGGGAAGUCGACUGUUACUUUGAAACCUCCAUCUGUCUCCCCUUGCCUUGUGACAUAGAUCGAUUUGAUGGUAACCCCACAUGCGAAGAUCUAAUUGCUCGAUACUCAAUGGACGAGUUUCCCGUCUCACUGACCCAGUUCCUUGCCUGGAAUCCGCAUAUCCAGGGUUCUUUCCUCCCGGCGGCUAUCACAAACCUUCUGCAGUCAUUGCAGCGCCGACCGGCGCUAGUGAAUAUUACACAACCGGUAGCCCUAAAUGCACCUGAGAAAAAACAGAACGCCGCUUCUAAUGGAUCCGGUACUUUAGCCAUUCCAGCAGAGCCAACACAAACCGGUACCACUCCCGCUUGCGGUCGGUACUACAAAGUUGUAUCUGGGGACACGUGCAACACGGUAGCACUACGAUUUGGCAUCACCUUUGCAGACCUCAAGCUGCUCAAUACAUAUCUGCGGGAUGAUUGCACAAACCUUUGGCUUGAGUAUGAUAUUUGCGUCGCCCCCGUGACUGAGGCCACUGUCUCUAUAGAUGCUGCUGCUCUACAAGUGGAUAUUGCGGAACUGGUGUACAAUAUUGCGGUCCUGGAAACUGUGUUUCUGGUGCAUGCGAACCUAAUAAUGGUGCCACCACGAAUGGUACAUGUGGUCCAGAUUGGGGAUUCAAGACUUGCAGUAAUCCAGAAUUCGGCCCUUGCUGUUCAAUCUACGGGUACUGUGGAGAUGGGUCAGAUUUCUGUGGCCCAGGAAACUGCUAUUCUGGAGAAUGCGAGCCCGAUAUUGGAGGUCCAAGUAUCAAUGGAGAGUGCGGUCCAGGCUUCGCAGGGAAUAAAACAUGUACAGGAACUCAAUUUGGGGACUGUUGCUCAACCUCAGGGUAUUGUGGAAGUACGGACGAGUACUGUGGUGCUGGACAUUGUUAUUCAGGAGCAUGUCAGACUUGACACUUCGAGGACCCUAAAUAUGGCUGUCAGGAUAACAUAG